UCAUGGUUACGAAAGACGCGUAGCGAAGGGAAAACCGCAAUUUUUGCUCACUUGUCAGUUCUUUUCGUAUUUCAAUAUUUCUGCCAUGUCUUGAAUUUCAGUCAGGUUUAUCUAAUAAAAUAUGAAAAAUGACUUCGCCUAUUAGUAGUCUGAGCAAAGGAAAGAAAUCACCGUUGACGCCUUCUAGGAGUUUUGGAAAACGUUCAGUGCCAUUCCGAAUGCCUGAAUACACCUCAAGUGAACGGGCCUUGUUAAAUGACAUCACAGGGAUAACGCAUCAUCAUGACAUCACAGGUCAAAGUUCACCACGUCAUAAAGACAUCACUGGUCUAAGGUCUUCAUAUAGUUCCAGUGAAAGUUCAAGUGAUGGUCCUGCAUCGACUCCACUGCGAAAACUACUUCAGCCACUCGAUGGCUCACCAAAAGAAAUGUUCAAUGCAUUUAAUGGAAAUAGAAAGCCAAGCCCUCUUGGUCUUGUUAAUUCACCAAUUAAAGGGAACUCAUCGACCAAUGUUCCAUCAGACAUGGACUUAAUGACAUCAAUGAUGCAGAAAAUAGCGAUACUAGAAAAGAAAAAUUUAUCGUAUACGAGAGAGAUUCUUGAAAAAGACAAAAGAAUAAAGGUUUUGGAAGAGAAAACUUCUCUGUUAGAAAGAAAUUUGAAAUCUGGAGAGAACGAAAGUCCGUCAAAAGUCGCUGAACUUGAAGCGAAAUGUUUGGAAUUAAAACAGCAGGUUUAUGAGAUGGAGACGUUUCUGGCAGACUACGGGAUGAUUUGGGUUGGUGAGAAAUCGAAUCCCAAUUCCAAUAAAUAUCUUGAUGAUGAAGAAAUAAAUCACCAAACGCCCGUGACGUUGAAUAAUAAUGCAAUUGCAUGGAAGCCUGGUUCAUCAGUAUCAGGUCAAGUUUUCACCCCAGAUUUUGAUCUUAUUGUCGAAAAUGUGAACGAUUUGAACAUUCUGGCAGGGAAAGGAGAAAAUAAGGUCGCCCAGACGAUGGGGGGAGCAAAAUUAAAGGCAAUCGAAUCCAUUCCUCUAACUUUGUAUAAAAAUGGAAUAAUGAUGUUCAGUGGACCGUUUCGUUCCUAUGCCGACCAAACAACGCAAAGAUGUCUUCAAGAUAUCAUGGACGGAUACUUUCCUUCUGAACUGCAAGCCAGAUACCCUGAUGGAGUCCCAAUACAGGUUACAGACAAGCGAUUUGUGACAUUCCAAGACCCACGAUUACUUGAAGAGUUUCCCGGCGUUGGAUUUUUAUUGGGUGGAGAAGAACAGCCUUCAAAUCUUCUGAAUUCCGGUCUGAAUAUGACAUCAUCAGCUUCAGUGAGAUCAUCGAUUCCGUCAUCAAUGUCGAAUAAUUUCGAUAGCACGAGUCCACAACCAGCUGGCGAGGUGACCAGUAAAUUACCGGGACCUCAGCUUUCAUUGGAGCAGUUCAUUGGAAAAUUGCCCCGAAAUGUGAUCCGGGAUGGAAAGAUAAUUGAUGUCAGGGACUCUAUCGCAGAUCAACUAACAGCAAGUCACACGAGUUCAAGUUCAGCAGAGGUUAUUGAAACCCAAGUUGUGCAAGAAAUGCAACAAAGGAUGAAUCUGCCUGAAAAUCAGAGGCCGCCAACAGCUCGAAAUGUGGCAACACUGAGAAUCAAAUCAGAGGACGGUGACAAGACUUUGCUCAUUAAAAUGAAGUUUCAUGAAACGAUUGGAGAUUUAAGAAAUUAUAUAAACAAACAAAGGCAUCAACGAAUGUCACCAUACAACAUCAUAUCAACGUUUCCAUCUAAAACGUAUUCAGACGAUUCAAAAACUCUUCAGGAGCGCGGACUGGUACCUAACGCCACCCUUGUGUCUACAGAACAUGAAAAGUUCCAACUCUGAGAAAAAUAAAUGAAUGUUUCAUUCGAUAAUUGCUCAAUGAAAAUCGAGUGAGACUACAGCUCAAUUAUUUUCUGCAGUUCAAACUUUAAUAGAUAGAUGUUCACUUGUUCUUAACUCCAGAAAAAUUUCUGAACUUAUCAUUUCAGAAUUUUAGGAUAGGAUUUACAUGUUUAUCUCGGGGAGAGGAAAGCCAAUUAAGACAGUUUUAAAUCAUAUGGCUAAUCAUGGUUUCUCGUCCGGUUACCAGUCAUGUCGG